AUGUUCGAUUAUUGGAUAAUUUCCGUGCCGGCAGAUCCCACGUGUGACGAUACAUGGAGAAAGCUGGUCCAAGCUCUGGCCAAGUACAACGAUUGCGCUUGCUUCAAGUUUUACAUUCCGACUCUGAAGGCCGGCACGUUGGACCAGUUGCUUUUGGUAUCCGACGAUCUGGCGAGAUUGGAGACGAACGUCGAGAACACGGUCAAUAAAAUCGCCGCCCAAUUGGACGAUCUUUUGGAAAAUAAACGCGAGGAGGUCGUUGAAAGCAUCCACGCCGACAAUGUCACUCUGCACCACUACCUCAUCACUUUCAAAUGGGACAUGGCGAAAUACCCGACGAGACAGUCAAUAAAAACGAUAGCUUACUUGAUCGAAAAACAAAUGUCUAUAUGCGACGUGGAUUUGAACACAAAGACAAAAUCGUACAACACUGUGGUUAACAAUUAUGCAGCUAGCGAAAAAAAGCGCGUAGGGAACCUCCUCACCAAAUACAUCGGAGAUUACGUUUCGAAAGAGGAUUUCGUCUUGCAAUCCGAAUUCUUGACUACACUCGUCGUUGUCGUACCAUGCACGGCGAAAGAGUCUUGGCUGAACAAAUACGAAAGGUUGAACGAAGACAUCGUCCCCAAGAGUACUAAAUUGGUUAAGGAAGAUAACGAACACGCCCUUUUCACAGUCACCCUUUUCAAAAAGUCCAUCGAGCCGUUCAAACUUUCAGCUAAGCAAAGCGGUUUUUUCGUCCGGGAUUUCGUAUAUAACGAACAGGAGAUAUUCGAGUUCAGGCGUGAGUUAUACGAAUUGUAUCAGGAAAAACAAAAGCUCUACCAGCCGUUUUUGAAAUUUUGCAUAUCUAAUUUCAGCGAAUGUUUCAUUGCUCUUAUACACGUCAAAUCCUGCAGGGUAUUCGUCGAAAGCGUUUUGCGUUAUGGCCUCCCUGCAAAUUUCCAACCAAUCCUCUUAGUGAUACCACACAAAAUCUCCAACAAAGUCCGACGAUGCCUCGAUGAUUUGUACGGACAUUUGGAUACAAUGCGAGCGAAUAAGAGUCAGAAGAAGAACCUAGAGCCCAGUGCAAUAUUAGAACAAGAAUAUUAUCCUUAUGUAUUCACCAAAAUCAAAGCGGAGAUAGGCGACAUAUUGAUCAAAUAA